AUGGACCCGCGCUCGUGGUUCAGCAGCCUGACGGGCUACUUUGUCUAUAUCCUGUCCAUUGCAACUCUCGGCCCGCUCCUCUUCGGCUUUCACCUGUCUGAGCUGAACGCGCCCGAAGAUGUCAUCCGCUGUAAACGCAAGUCCAUCACGUCGGCCGUCGCUGGCUCGAGCCUACCACAAUGCAUCGAGAUGAGCCCGACCGAAUGGGGCGUCGUGGGAUCGCUGUACACACUGGGAGGUCUGAUAGGAGCCCUUUCGGCAGGACCAGUGGCAGGCAAAUACGGACGUCUCAGAUCCAUGCAGAUAUUCGCUCUCUUCUUCGCCGUGGGCCCAAUCUUUGAAGCGCUGAGCCCGAACAUUGGAGUCAUGGCGUUUGGAAGGCUGUUGUCAGGAGUCGGUGCAGGCGCGGCCGUCGUCAUUGUGCCCCUCUACAUCUCUGAGAUUGCACCGCCGGGCGAGAAGGGCUUCUUCGGUGCCUUCACACAAAUCGGGUGCAACGUGGGUAUCUUGAUCACGCAGUUGCUGGGAUACUUCUUGAGCCACGACUCUUACUGGAGGCUCAUCUUGGCUAUCGGAGGUGUCAUCGGUGCUGUACAAGGUGUCGGGCUACUGCUGUCGGUCGAAAGCCCAAAGUACAUCGCAGAGCAGGGUAAUGUCUCGCUCGCGAAGAAGACAUUGCGCAAGAUCAGGGGAGAACAUGCAGACAUUGAAGACGAGAUGAACGACUGGGGAGUCUCGGGCUCCGGCAACGUCAGUGAAGAGGAGCAGACACUACUGAGUAAUGAAGAUGGGUCGGCUGAGGCGAGGCCCAAAGAGUCAGGCAAAGAACAGACGCUGAGCAUCAUGCAAGUCUUCCGCCAUCCCGACUACCAAAAGGCCGCCUUUGCCGUCGUCAUGGUCAUGCUGGCCCAGCAGUUCAGUGGCAUCAACAGCAUCGUCAUGUACGGCGUUUCACUCCUAGCAGGCUUGCUCGAGUCCAACUCUGCGCUGCUCAACCUUGCCGUCUCAGCGCUCAACAUUAUCGUCACAGCCAGCUGCGCGCCCCUUGCUGACAAGCUGGGUCGCAAGGUCUGCCUGCUCAGCUCCCUUGCUAUCAUGGGCACGAGCUCGCUCUUACUUGCUAUUGGCAUUAUCAAGUCGAUAUCUGUUCUUUCCGCCGUCGCCGUCCUGCUGUUCGUGUCCGGCUUUGCUGUUGGUCUUGGCCCUGUGCCGUUCAUCCUAGCGAGCGAGCUCGUAGGCCCGGAUGCCGUCGACGCAACGCAGAGUAUUGCGCUCGGAGCCAACUGGAUCGCUACAUUCAUCGUGGCACAGUUCUUCCCGCUGGCAAGUGCAAAGCUACAUGGAUACGUUUACUUCAUUUUCGCAGCUUUGUCGGCGUUCUUUUUCGCCUUCAUUACGUGGUUCGUGCCCGAAACCAAAGGUAAGAAGAACGCAGACGAGGUUUGGGGCAGAGAGCCAUUCCCGCCGCAUUUCUCACCUCACCUCUCGAGCGCCGGGCGAGACGGCUUCGACUUCCAGACAUCGCAGCUCGAGGCAGAGACGCCGGAACGGGUCGCAAAGGACGAUGCACACCACAGCCCCCCGCACUCGAUAAUAUCGCCUGUCUUUACGCCUCCAGCGACGCCGGGAGACUCGACACCCUCGCGGCCCCGGCCACCCCGCUCCAUACCCGUCGACACCUCAGUGCGCACCGACACGCCGCGGCCGGAUCUGCUGCCCAAGCUACCCACAGUCGAGUGCGAAGUGCGUGCGCGGAUACCCACUACCACAGGGCAUGAGAUGUGGCUGCACGUUUACAGGAACAGCGUCGACACCAAGGAACACCUGGCAAUUGUCUUUGGAGGCCAGAUACGCUCGAGAUCGCUGGAUGCAGAGCGUCCGGGAGAGACGGAGUUGGACCGCAUGACAAGAGGCGCAUAUGUAGGACGCCUGUACCCUGGGAGAACCAGCUCGCGGGUUGAGCAGCUCAAGAGGCAGGAGGGCGUCCCUACGAAGCGCAAGCCCGACGCUGACUCGGCGCACGUGGAUAAGAGCAACGGCCUGUUAUCGCCAGCAUCUGCGUCUUCAUCCGAGAACGGCGACAUACAGUCAGCUUCUUCAAUAGAAUUACCUCUCGUCCGCAUACACUCCGAAUGCUACACCGGCGAGACUGUCUGGUCUGCGCGCUGCGACUGCGGUGAGCAACUCGACGAAGCCGCGCGGCUUAUGGCCGAUCCUACUCUGUCUCCUUCUGGCGGUGCUAUUAUCUAUCUUCGCCAAGAGGGUCGUGGAAUUGGUCUAGGCGAAAAGCUCAAGGCAUACAAUCUGCAAGACUUAGGCAACGACACAUACGAAGCAAAUAUCAUGUUACGGCAUCCUGCAGAUGCGCGAAGCUACGGCUUAGCCACGGCCAUGCUCAUGGACCUGGGCUUAGACGGAGACAGAGGGAUUAGACUUUUGACCAACAACCCAGAUAAAGUCCAUGCUGUCGAGGGCCCGAAUAGAGAGGUUGUCGUGAGGGAGCGCGUAGCCAUGGUUCCGCUUGCCUGGAAAACAGGCGGCAUGAAGGGCAUCAAGAGCGAAGAAGUAGAGAAAUAUCUUAGUACAAAGAUCGAAAAGUUCAAGCAUAUGUUAGAUCACAAAUAA